CACACGAAUCAUCACUUUUGUGAAAGGAACCUCACUGCUUGCCCCAUUCCUCUCAGUCUGCAACUCGCCCCUUCUCUCUCUAUCAAUCGACAAUAGAAACGAUAGAUAGAGAGUUAGGAUCGCCGAUCAGCUUACAAUCUCUACGAAUUUUAGUUGCUGAUCAUUUUUCUGCAUAUAUACUUACUCAAUCUGCCUCAACAGAUUUGCAGCGACGUUUGGUGGCGGCGCUAGUCUGAGAAACUUCCUGUUUCUUCUUCUGCUGUAUGUCAGAGGAUUUCGACGCGCAUUGCGGUGGAUCCGGUGAGCUCGACAACCAGUUGCAAUGGCCACAACUCAGAAAGAAGCGACGCGUCCCGGUCAAUUUGCUCAGGUAGCAGCUGUCCGCCGUGAGAAUGUUUCCGCCUCCGCCGCUGCUGAUUGGGGCGUAGCGUCUGCCGCGGAAGAUCUCCAGAGAAAGAACCUCACCUCCUUAAUCAGACCCGAUCCUGCUUCCAAAGCUACGGCCAAAGGGAUCCAGAUCAUGCUAAGAGCUGAAACGAAACAUCCUUUGGAACCUUUAUCUGCUGCUGAAAUCUCUAUAGCUGUGGCAACUGUCAGAGCAGCUGGAGCCACCCCUGAGGUUCUUCAUGGCUUUCUAUUUAUAUUUUCUUGCCCAAGUAAUAUUAUCUUAAUAUGUUGUCUUAACUCUAGUGUACAUUUCUUUUCUUUCCAGUUGAGAGAUAGCAUGCGGUUUAUUGAAGUGGUUUUGUUAGAGCCGGAUAAAUAUGUUGUGGCAUUGGCAGAUGCUUAUUUCUUUCCCCCUUUCCAACCCUCAUUGUUACCUAGAACAAGAGGAGCACCUGCAGUUCCUACCAAGCUUCCACCAAGGCGAGCCCGACUAGUUGUCUACAAUAAAAGAUCCAAUGAGACUAGUGUGUGGAUAGUUGAGCUGACAGAAGUACAUGCUACCACUCGAGGUGGACAUCAUAGGGGAAAAGUCAUUUCUUCUACAGUUAUCCCUGAUGUUCAGCCACCAAUGGACGCUGCUGAGUAUGCUGAAUGUGAAGCUAUUGUCAAAGAUUACCCUCCAUUCAUAGAAGCAAUGAAGAAGAGGGGCAUUGAUGAUAUGGAACUAGUCAUGGUUGAUCCUUGGUGUGUUGGUUACCACGGUGAAGCUGAUGCUCCUAGUCGUAGACUUGCAAAGCCACUCAUUUUUUGCCGAAUAGAGAGUGACUCCCCACUAGAAAAUGGUUAUGCCCGACCUGUAGAAGGAAUUCACGUUCUUGUUGAUAUGCAAAAUAUGGUGGUAGUUGAGUUUGAAGAUCGUAAGCUGGUACCAUUACCUCCAGCUGAUCCACUGAGAAACUACACCCCUGGUGAAACAAGAGGAGGGGUGGAUAGAAGUGAUGUCAAACCCCUUCAAAUUGUACAACCUGAAGGUCCUAGCUUUCGAAUUAGUGGAAAUUAUGUUGAGUGGCAGAAGUGGAACUUUCGUAUUGGGUUCACUCCAAGGGAGGGUUUGGUCAUUCAUUCUGUUGCCUAUGUUGAUGGUAGUCGAGGUCGGAGACCUAUUGCCCAUAGGUUAAGUUUUGUUGAGAUGGUCGUGCCCUAUGGAGAUCCCAAUGAACCACAUUACAGGAAGAAUGCGUUUGAUGCUGGGGAAGAUGGUCUUGGAAAGAAUGCCCAUUCACUUAAGAAGGGAUGUGAUUGUUUGGGGUAUGUAAAAUAUUUCGAUGCCCAUUUCACAAACUUUACUGGAGGAGUUGAAACAACUGAAAACUGCGUAUGCUUGCAUGAAGAAGACAAUGGAAUUCUCUGGAAGCAUCAAGACUGGAGAACUGGCCUUACAGAAGUUCGUCGCUCAAGGCGCCUCACUGUUUCUUUCAUUUGCACUGUAGCUAAUUAUGAAUAUGGAUUUUACUGGUACUUUUAUCAGGAUGGAAAAAUUGAGGCUGAAGUAAAACUUACUGGAAUUCUUAGUUUAGGAGCUUUGCAACCUGGAGAAGUUAGAAAAUACGGCACAACAAUCGCACCAGGACUGUAUGCUCCAGUUCAUCAGCAUUUUUUUGUUGCCCGUAUGGACAUGGCCGUUGACUCUAAGCCUGGUGAAAUGCACAAUCAGGUUGUUGAAGUGAACGUGAGAGUUGAAGAACCUGGAAAUGAUAAUGUUCAUAACAAUGCAUUCUAUGCUGAGGAAACUUUACUUAAAUCUGAAUUAGAAGCCAUGCGUGAUUGUGAUCCAUCAUCAGCCCGUCACUGGAUUAUAAAGAACACGAGAACUGUCAACAGGAGUGGACAACUGACUGGCUACAAGCUGGUACCUGGUUCAAAUUGUCUACCAUUGGCUGGCCCUGAGGCUAAGUUUCUGAGAAGAGCUGCCUUUCUGAAGCAUAACUUGUGGGUUACCCCAUAUGCACGUGACGAAGAUUUCCCUGGAGGAGAAUUUCCUAACCAGAAUCCACGUGCUGGUGAAGGCCUCGCUUCUUGGGUAAAGCAAAAUCGAUCUCUGGAAGAAACCAACAUUGUACUCUGGUAUGUUUUUGGAAUUACACACGUUCCUCGUUUGGAAGACUGGCCCGUUAUGCCAGUAGAACACAUUGGUUUCGUGCUUCAGCCACAUGGAUUCUUCAACUGCUCGCCUGCAGUGGACGUUCCACCAAAUGCUUGUGAGGAAGAUGGAAAGGAGAAUGACGUGAAAGACAAGCCUGCUUCAUCUGGUCUGAUUGCAAAACUCUGAAGGGGUAUGGAUACCUAUGGCUGUUUGCCUGUUUCAAUAACAUUCAAGACCUGAUUUCUCAUGAAGUUUCAAUUUCAGUAUUCUGCACAAUAGUUUGAUAAAACUCGCGGUGUCCGCAAAAAAUAAAAUAAAACGGGAAACUUUCCGUGUCUGUUUUCAGAUGGAGAGUUGAACUCUUUAAUUCGAAUUUGUAUUCUGUAUUUCUUGUUUUUGGGACAGUACUACGCUCAUAAACUUUGGUUGCGAUUUUCUUGA